CGGCAGGCAGGGGGGUGAUGGGGCGGGCACGGGGUGGAUUAGCCUCCAGUGAUCCCACAGGGAGCUUUCUGAGCACCCUGCAGCUCCCAGACGCUGGAGGUUUCUCCACAGUUCCCUGGUGCUCCGGGCAGGUGCCGGCAAGAGGCCACCGCCAGCGUCCCCGCAGGCUGAGCGAGCGGCUGGUGCAGAGCAGGACACCGGUGGCAAUGCUCACCUAGGGUACCCGAAUCCAGGCACCCACACACGGUGCUGCCACCACACACGUGCAGCCAGGCGGAGGAGAGACCCCAACUCCAGCCCCAGCCAUGGAGCCGGCCCCCGAAAUGAAGAGGAAUAGGUUCCCCAGCAUGAACUUUGAAGCAGAGAUUCUGGCAGCUCCACACGAUAAUUCAGAGCUAUAUGUGGUCCCCUCCAUGAGAAGUCUCACGGCUGAGGAGUAUGUAGAGGCCUUUAAGUCAUUUUUGGAUCAUUCGACGGAGCACCAGUGCAUGGAUGAGUUCAACAAGGAAGAAAUGCCUCGCAUCAUGGCAGGCCUCGGCAAUGGAAAAUCCACGAUAAAUGUUCUGGGCGUGGGGAGCGGCACAGGCGAACAGGAUUUGAAAAUGCUCAGGAUCCUGCAGGCUGCACAUCCAGGGGUCCUUAUUAACAACGAAAUCGUAGAGCCCAACCCACAGCACGUGGCUGCUUACAAAGAGCUAGUUAAUCAAGCUCCAGAUCUGCAGGGUGUCUCCUUUAUUUGGCACCAGCUCACUUCCUCAGAGUAUGAACAACAGGUGAAAGAGAAAUGCAUAAACAAGAAAUUUGACUUCAUACAUAUGAUUCAGAUGCUGUACCGUGUGGAAGAUAUUCCUAAUACCAUCAAGUUUUUCCACAGCUGCCUCGACCACCAGGGUAAACUCCUGAUCAUAAUUUUGUCAGACAGCAGCGGGUGGGCCAGCUUGUGGAAGAAGUACAGGCACUGCUUGCCUUCAACCGACAGCGGCCACUACAUCACCUCCGACGGCAUCACGGCUGUUUUGAGGAGGCUCGGCAUCCAGUACCGCGUCCAUGAGUUCCCGUCGGGCUGGGAUAUCACCGAGUGCUUUGUCGAGGGGGACCCAGCCGGAGGCCAAAUGAUGGAUUUCCUGACGGGGACGAAAAACUUCCUGGGCACGGCCCCGCCGGCACUGCGGAGGCGUCUGCAAGAGGCUCUCUGCCAGCCCGAAUGCAGCAGCAAGAAGGACGGGAGGGUCAUUUUCUGCAACAACCUGAGCAUGAUCGUAGUUGAAUCCUAGAGUCUGGACCAACUGCAGAAGCCAAGUCAGGGUGGGUUUUGGGUGAGGUGGUUGUAGGGGGGUGUGCAGGAAAGUGGGGCUCAGCCUCCUGCUCCCAGUCUGGAGCAGCCUGCGACAUCAAGGAUGAGCUCUUUGUCCCAUUGAGGUCAACAGGGCCAGGAUUUCCCCCUGGAAAUCUAGUCCAACCUUAGGAGAACAUGUUCCAGAAAGCAAAGAGCUGCAUCUCACUAAAAGCCUGCAUGGAAGGUGUUUUCUUUAAUGGUAUGCAUCUUCUCUCAACUGGAUUUCCAGUUUUCCAUACAGACGGCAUGUUUACAUACCUAAAGGCAUGUCCAUGCGACUAAGUGCCAGGAGAAGGCUGCAGCCCCCAUGUCAGCUGCAUAUGCACCCGUUUCUUCCAACUGCACCUGGACAAAACCACCAAGGUGUCCCCGCUGCUUUGCCCCAAACACGUGCCUCAGUGCACCCUGACUGGAGCUGCUCGCUGCUCUGCACUAGGCUAUUUCAAAAUUAUUAUUUUUUAAAUCAGCAUAGCUAUUUACUACCCUGAACAUCUCAGCGUCUCGCCAUAUAGACAUGUCUUAAAAAGUUUUCCACCUUUUUGUUUGGAGAAUCUCUGGAUUACAGGAUAAUACUUGCCCUGUGCUCUUUCAGGCAGGUAUUAAUUUUGUUACUUUCUUACUACUGUUUUUCUCCAUGUAAAAUAAAAGCCUCUUUAAACCGAA